AUGACAUUACUCUUCGUAGACCAUUGCGAGCUCUUGAACCAGUUCGAGAAAUUCCAAGGAUUGGAAGCCCAAGACGAGCAGGCGGAGAGGAUGGAACUGGCGGACCACGCCAGGAACGCCAUCGCCACUCUGGACAACGGGAUCAAGUCCUUAGACGACCUGGACGUGUUCUUCCAGUACCUUCAUGCGGUCGGGGAGACUCACGCACGGAUACCGGGAUUUGAGAAGGGAAACUUCCGGAAAAUCAAAGGACCGUUCCUGUGUGCGGUGCGAGAGACGCUGCAGGAGCGAUACACCCCGAACAUCGAAGCCAUCUACAGAGUCACCAUCGAUUUCCUCAUCGAGACUCUCGUCGAUGGAUACGAGAAUGGCCUCAAACGUCAACAGGAUUAUUUCAAUUCCACCGAGGAUUGAGAGGGACCUUGGAGCGGAACUUCUCAACGGGACUGACGAAUAAAAUGAAAAAUUGGAUAUGAC